GCUGUCGUUUUAAAAGUUGAGAGAUUUUUUAUAAAGUUUUUUUUAAUCACAGUAAUACAUGAUAAGAAUGUAUUCUUAAUUUUAAAAAAUCAUGAAAUCUCAAAAUAAAAAUAUCCGGAAAGUGACUUUCGGGUCAUGAGCACCAACAGUAGAGCCAUGCCGUGUUUUCUGAGUUCUAACAAUGACAAAGGUGUUUGAGAUCAAGUUCCCAGCGGAAUGCAGGACACUUCCAGAGGGGUUUUGGUCAGCCAUAGACGUCUGGAUAAAGAAACCUCACGUCGUGAACAAACGUCUUUGUGGAGCCACAGAGAUAGAAGACACCAAACAUGUGGCAGCUGAGGGACUUGGUCUCCUGUCGGCUCCUGAUCCCACAAACUCAAACGAUGGUUUGUCAUUUUUCCGGAGUGGAUUUUCACCUGCAGCCAAACACGACACGGAAAAAACACUAUCCGUUACUGUCAGGACACUUAUUCCCAAAGUGAGCCGCUAUGGUCCAAAUAAACAAAAGGAAAUUGUGAUCAGAGACUUUGACUGUCAUCGUGUGACCUUUAUUCCAUAUGAAGAGAAUGCAGAGGGACAGGUGUCUCAGAAGAAGGGCAAUAUUCAUCAAAUUCAGCUGCUCCAUCAGGAUUGCGAGGAAUGGUGUCUGGAGCUGCGUGCACUGAGGCCAGACGAGUGGUUCUCUGAUGGAGUGGUCUAUCCCAAGUUGCCCUGGUUCUCCACAGACCUCCUGCCUAAACUGGUGCGCUGGGCCACUGAGACCAAGACCAGUGAAUUCAAGAGCACCCUGUCUCUGCUGCCUGUGGAGAAGUACGGCCUCAUGUACCAGCAGCUUAAGAACAAGUACAAGGAGAUGGUCAAGGUUUGGCCCGAGGUGACAGAUCCGGAGAAGUUCGUCUUUGAGGACGUCGCUAUUGCCACAUAUCUCCUGGUCCUGUGGGCUGAGGAGCGAGCGGAGAAAGGUCAGACUGCCAAACAAUCAUUUGUGGACCUGGGCUGUGGAAAUGGCCUCCUGGUUCAUAUACUGUGUAAUGAAGGGCACCCAGGAAAGGGCAUUGACGUGCGGAAGAGGAAGAUCUGGGACAUGUACGGCCCACAAACCCUCCUGGAGGAAAAGGCAAUCACUCCCGGUGACUGCUUCUUGUUCCCCGGUACAGACUGGCUGAUUGGGAACCACUCGGAUGAGCUCACACCAUGGAUCCCAGUCAUAGCGGCCAGGUCCUCUUUCUCCUGCCGGUUCUUCGUCCUGCCCUGCUGCUUCUUUGACUUUUACGGGAAGUACCGGAGACGCCAGAGUAAGAAGUCUCAGUAUAAGGAGUACAUAGACUUCAUUGCCGAGGUCAGCCAAAACGGUGGCUUCAACACCGAGGAGGACUGCCUGAGAAUACCGUCCACCAAACGGGUGUGUCUGGUAGGAAAGUCGAGGAACUACCUGCCAUCUGAGGAGGCUCAGGCAGAGGACCGGCGAAAUCAUUACAUUCAAAGCCGCCAGACCUGUCCCGAAGUCACACUUCAGCGGUAUGCCGGCGAUGGAGACGGUUGCCAUGACAAUGUCACCGAUGGUGACAGCGCUCCCAGUGGCGUCUGGGGAGCUGGCUUCCAGCCCCGCGACAGACUUGAACGAGUUCGAAACUGCGCCGCGCUCCCCCGGGAUUUCGUGGACCGCGUUGUCCUGCAGGUCGCCAAUGCCCUGCUGAGGUUGACCGAACAUGGACCCACGUGUGCUCCCAAUACCUGGAACCGAGGAGGUAGUCUCUCUGUGGGAGAGGUAGCAGAGCUCCUGGAGCAGGAGACCUUGCAGCUCCUGAAGAAGGAGUGUGGGGGCCUUCAGACGCUUCUCAAGAACAACCACCAAGUCUUCCGAGUGGAAGGAGGGAGGGUCCACAUAAGAGACUGGCGGCUGCAGACCGAGAAGGUGGGCGCCAGGGCAAAAUCCAAGGGGAAACCGUUUGCCCCCGGCGCCUUGAAAACCCGUUCCUGCUGGUUCUACACGCAGCACCCUCAGGGCUGCCCCCUGCAGGCUGAGCAGUGCGCUUUCGCCCACGGACCAGGUGACCUACGACCUUCUACGAGACCAGUGAAGAAGAGCGCUGCUGCCCUCUGAUUACUUCAUUCAAUCUGAACUUUUUUUUUUAUUUCCAUGUAUUUUUUCUUUUUAAGUUUGCAUUAAAUUUUAUUCAUAAUCUUAACUAAAACUACAUGGCUAGAUGUACUUGGAUGUUACUUAACGAAGUAACUGGUGAUCUAUGCACUGAUGAUAUUUCAGGGUUAAUCUCAGAUGUAGUUUCUUGUUACUUGAGACCCUAUUUGAGUGUCUAUUUUUAAGUACAAGUUUUGUCAAAUGUGGUAGAAACCAGAAGAAAUAAGGCCAUGUCCGAUAAUUGUAGGACAUAAAUUCUAAUUUAACCACAAGCUAUCCUUUUGUCUUUCUUUAAAUUCAUUUCAGGAACCUUGUAAAGUACAGAGACUUGUAAAUGGCACUGGUGUAGCUUUCAAAAUACAUCA